AAGAAAAAGGUAGCACCAAAGAAAGGAAAGAGCGAGAUGGUGGUUUUUGUUGUUCCCGCGAAGCGAAGACCAUUCGCUUGGCGAAUGAAGUGGGUCAACCUCUUUUUGGCUUCGGCCAAACACUUUUUCUCGUUGGUCGAGCUUUCUACAAAAAAAGCGAUGCGAGAACGUAUUCUUUUAUCUAAGCUUCUUCCAUGUGCAUUCGCUCUCCCCAUCGUAGAGGGUUCAGCCACGCCCGGUGCCACGAAAUGAUUUAGAACUACGACGGGGUCGAAAUGAAUUUGGUUCUUUCUAUUCAAUAAGUAUUGCAUGACCGAAUAAUUAAAGGAGGGGCGCACUGCAGGGAGGGUCCUUUUAAGUAGAUGACUCAUGGGGUCGUCGGAGCGGGACUUCUUUUGGAAAAAGAACUUGAAUAACUUCGUUUUUCUGAAAGAGUCGUCAUUUUCUAUCAGGAAAGCUAUGUCAUUUACAACCCCGGUGUAUUUCGGAUGCUUGAAGGCCCCGCUGACCCGAAGUGAUUUAGAAAGAUUCUUCUUUAUCGAUGGUGAUCGGUCAUGGUAUCCAUAGCGUUGCUUCUUUUUCGGCCAAAUCCUGAUUUCGUUUUGCUUCUCCCAGUCGUCGAGCCUGGUCGACUCGACUCUUUUCCCUGCCCCCCGGCCCUUCUCCUUUCCGGGUCUGGUUUUUUCGCGUCGUUUCAGUCGUCGUGGUCGACGAGGAAGAAAGAAAUGAAUGAAUGUUCUUUUGGUAAAAUGUAUAAUAAUACACCUACCGAGACGAAAGCCAAAGGUGAGUCUCGUAGGUGGACGUAUCGAACCGAAAUAAGAUCUCAGAUUGACAUCUUGAUACACUGAUUUACCAUAAUAAUAAAUAGAGUCAAUGGUGACUCCGCUGUGGGAAGAGCCGCUUCUUUCUUGCGGGGGGCUUCCAUUCACCAGCAAAGACUAAAAGUGCUCUCCGAACCGUGCUGGAUAGUCACCCAUCACACGGCUCUCAAACCUAACCUGUGGUGGAUCCCGGGAGACAAAGUCAAAGCGCUUGAUCCUUUGCCCCAUACUUUGAGAUGCUCCUCCCCGCCGAUCAAGCAGCGACGCUGCUCGUGAUAGGCUUAGCUUUAAGCCGCUAUCGUUCGGUUCGGAUAAGUCAAGUCCCUUCGGUCGGUUCGCUCAGGUGGUCUUCCCUUAUCUUCCCUAACGUUCAGAGUUGUUCUGGUUUGAGAAAGGAGCACCGGCCGAGCGCCCUGAAUGAAUAAGCCCUAUAUAUAAUUAGUAAAGCCUAAACGUCCAAAACUAAAGCGCUAACGCGCCAACUAUUAUAUAAUUUUAAUAAUUAGAAAAGCAACCUUUCGCCUUUAUUGAUAUAAAAGAAGCUUACUUACUAAUAAAGCGGAAACAAGCACCUUCUUUCUCAAAGUCAAGUUUCGCGCUUGUUACUUUAGAAAGAUUUCAGCUAGCGCGCUUUACUAAUAACAUAGAAAGUAAAGGCUCUUCUCCUUU